CGGGUUCCGAGUCAGCAGCUGCGGCGGAGCGAGGCCGCGUCUACCUCGGGUUGGAGCUGCUCAGGUGCAGCCCCGCCCCACCCGCAGCCCCGCCCCAGCCCAGGUGAGCCGCCUCGCCCCGCCCCGGCCCAGAUUGUGAGAACAGUAAAGGUGACCCAAAGAAGAGCAUUUUUAAACAUAUACAAUCACUGGCGGAGAUACCAGAUUCACAAUGGAGGUUCCCCCAGCAAUGAAGUUUGGUGAGACCUUUGUGUUUGAGGACAGGCUAGAGACACGGCAAGAGCUUUUCCCAGGGGAGGACCUAGGGCACCCUUUUCUUCAGGAAAGAGGUUUGGAACAAAUGGCUGUUAUCUACAAGGAGGUCCCUCUUGGGGAGCAAGAUGUGGAACAGGAUGAUUAUGAGGGGAAUUUCAGUCUGUGCUCAAGCCCUGUUCAGCAUCAGACUAUCCCCCCUGGAACCAGACCCCAGGAUGAGGAUAUAUUUGGUCAAACCUUUCUCCAGAAAUCUGACCUCAGUGUAUGUCAGAUAAUCCAUGGUAGAGAAGAAUCCAGUCCAGGAGAUUGUGAGGAAGCAGGCAGGGGGGACUUGGGGCCUAAGGUAUCUCAUAGUACGCCACAGCCAGUCAAGCCCUAUGCAUGUCGUGAGUGUGGGAAGGCUUUCAGCCAGAGCUCCCACCUUCUCCGACACCUGGUCAUCCAUACUGGGGAGAAGCCCUAUGAGUGCUGCGAGUGUGGGAAGGCCUUCAGCCAGAGCUCUCACCUUCUCCGACAUCAGUUCAUCCACACUGGGGAGAAGCCCUAUGAGUGCCGGGAGUGUGGGAAGGCCUUCCGUCAGAGCUCAGCUCUCACUCAACACCAGAAAAUUCACACAGGAAAGAGGCCCUAUGAAUGCAGGGAAUGUGGGAAGGAUUUCAGCCGGAGCUCCAGUCUCCGAAAACAUGAACGAAUUCAUACAGGAGAGAGACCUUAUCAGUGUAAGGAAUGUGGAAAAUCCUUCAACCAGAGUUCAGGCCUGAGCCAGCAUCGGAAAAUUCACACUCUAAAGAAACCUCACGAGUGUGAUCUUUGUGGGAAAGCCUUUUGUCAUAGGUCGCAUCUUAUCCGGCAUCAGCGGAUUCACACCGGGAAGAAACCUUACAAAUGUGAAGAGUGUGGGAAGGCCUUCAGCCAGAGCUCCAACCUCAUUGAACAUCGAAAAACCCACACUGGUGAGAAACCCUACAAGUGCCAUAAGUGUGGGAAGGCCUUCAGCCAGAGCUCUUCACUCAUUGAGCACCAGCGGAUCCACACGGGGGAGAAACCCUAUGAGUGCUGUCAGUGUGGCAAGGCCUUCUGCCACAGCUCUGCACUGAUUCAGCACCAGAGAAUACACACUGGCAAGAAACCCUAUUCCUGUGAAUGUGGAAAGGCCUUCCGGCACAGGUCAGCCCUCAUUGAGCAUUAUAAAACUCACACCAGAGAGAAGCCCUAUGUGUGUAACAUGUGUAGCAAGUCCUUUAGGGGGAGCUCACACCUGAUCCGGCAUCAGAAAAUCCAUGCUGGGGAGAAGCUGUAGAAGGGGGAGCUUGGAAGCCUUUGCCAGAAGGAGCCUUUUUCCUCAUGUUGGAAGCCUUUGCCAGAUGGAACCCUUACACACAUUUCUUUGUCUCUUAGACUCCACCUACCUCCCUGAUAACAAUGCUGGAUGGAAACUCUCCCAUGAGGCCCUCCUGACCAUUCCCCACUAGCAGAAAGGUUCCACAGGGCACCUGGCCAAUAGGCUCUCAAUAGGCUUUCUGGGUGAAGGGAGGAUGGGACAUUAGGGAAGUGAGCCCCCAAAGAGAACUGGUUUUCAGUUUUCUCAUUCUCACUUUGAUCCCCCCAAGCCUAUGAGAUUUUGUUUUGCCAUUUUUUUUCCAAGUCUAGAAGAAGAAAAUUUCAAGAGGCAGAAAAUUCAGUUAAACCCAAGAAAAUGUCAAAUGAACUCUUUAAAUCAGGCCUCAGUCUGAUACUUCCAGAAGGUAGAAACCAUGCUUACAGUCCAAGUCAGCUGAAGAAAAUGAAUUCGAAAGUAGAUAAAGCAGAGACAAAAUAGGAUUCUCUGCCUGGGUUGGGUAUUAGGGAGAACCAAAACAGGUUAACAGGGCAGAGGAGGGUGAGCCCCUGGGUGUGGUCCUAUAACUCAUUAGCAUGAGGGUAGAUUCUGUAAUAAGAGGGCAGAAAUUUGGUCCUCUUGUGGGCAGAGGAUAUUCAGCAUCUGACUAUAAGUUAGCUGGGGAUGUUGGAAGCAGACAACUGAGAGGAAGAGGCUGGGUUCAAGUCCCAUUACUACCCUCCUACUUGUAUGACAUUGAGCAAGUCCCAUAGCUUGCCCCAGAGUCUGCUUCCCCUUCCAAGGGAUGGGGGUGAUGGAACCUGGCCACAUACCUCUAAGAGUUGGUAAAAGACUCUCUUUCAGAACCAGGCCACACUUGAAAGUGCUUUGGCAGUUGAGAACGGAGAACCUAAGUGACCCCUACCUAACCCAGAAGCACAUUCCCUGCAGACCAGAGAAUAUGUCCCACAUACUGAACUUCCUCCUGGACACCAUCAUGAGCAGCAGUGUCAAGCUCCUGUAUUCUCUGCUCUGUAUUCUCUGUCCUGUCCACUUGGAAGCUGUUUAAAAAGUGCCAUUGUCCAUGUCCCACCAAUUUAAUCAGCAUCCCCAGAGUUGGGUCCCUGACAAUGAUUUUUCCAAAACUCUCCAGGUAAUUAGAAGUUAUGGUGUGUCACCAGGAUGGGAGCCCUGUGCUGGGCUUUCAUGCAGCUCCAGCAGCUUCUAAUGUCAGCCUGCUUGCUCUGGUCAAGCAAGCCCACUGGUCUUUCUGUCUCAGUCUCCUACCUUAAGUCCCUUGGGUAUGAACUCAGGCAGUGAUGGUGGUUUGGCCAAUUGAUAAACCCUUGUCCCAGGCUACGGGAUAUCCCCCCACUCCCACCCCUCACCUGGUGCCACACAUUUUUGUGGUGCUGGGGAUUGAACCUUGGCCUUGAGCAUGCUAGGUGAGUACUCUACCACUGAGCUACAUCCCCAGCAUUAUCUGGGAUAUCUUAAGUGCUGGCUGUCCCCACUUCCAGGCUCCCAGCUUCUCAGAGCUAGUGAAGAAAGAGGCAAUCUGGGCUGUUUUGAAGUUUUCCAAAAGUUUACCACUGGAAUCAGGUGAACUUACCAUAAUGUUGCUGGUUAUAUUUGUUUUUCAGAAGCUCAAUGUGGCAGUUAAUAUAGUUUUGAUGAAUAAGCAUGGGAAAGCCAUAUUUGGUCCUUAAUAAGUGGGGGUUGGUAGAUCAGAGAUCUUGAACCAUAGGUAAGAUAGACUGGAGAGACCCUGCGAGGAGUCCUGGCUGCUACUAGCUACCCAGUGUCCCUGAGAACCCUCUGCAUAACCAGCUGGACUCUGGAGGCCCAGGGCCUGACCAGGUGUUUCUGGGUGCUAUUUGCAGGCAGCUUUCAUUCAAGGUCUUGUCAUUUAUCUGGAGUGAAGAGAGAAUGCUGAGACAUAGUUGGGGCAGCAGGUGGCAUCAGACAGAGUCCCCUGAAAGAUCUACCUCCUCUUUUCUAUUCACCCCUAUUCCAUCUCAGCCUUGGCUAGUCCUGUCUUUAUCCAGGAAGCAUCCAUCACCUGCCUUGGGUCUUUCUCUGCCUUUCCUGCAUGUUCCAGCCAAAUUGAUUUCUAAACCACCACUUUGCACAUGUCACCACUCUCCUUAAAGCCAACUUUCAGGAGCUCUUCUGCACAUAGAUCCUUAUUUCAGCCCAUCUGAUUUACCUCCUCUGAAAAAGCCACACAAUUCAGGUUAUUACCCUCUCUAUUCAUGCCUGGAUUCUCAUAAUUCACUUUAUGCAGUUCUCACCCUUUGGAAUAUGCACUUUUUAUUUCCUCUUUCUCCCUCCCUCCCUUUCCUUUUUUUCUUUUUAUAUAACAUAGGGAUUAACCCAUCACCCAAGGGUUAACAGAUUCUUCUGUAAACAUGGUUAGACCAGGCACUUUUCUAUUUUUUGGAUGUAUGUAUGAACAGAGCCUUGUUUUUGUUUUUCAGAUUCUUUCACUGUUUUAUUAUGUGUUUAAAAUAUACCUUUUUAUUUAGUUUCCCAAACAAUGUAAAGUUAUAAUAAGAUAUGGUCCCUGGUACUGUUUUAACUAUCUUUUAAUUGAGUUAUCUGUUUUUGUUUUUGUUUUACAUUUUUUUCUCUUCUUCCAGCAGUGGUUUACAUAGAUGUCAUUGAGUGUUAUAAAACUCCAGUUUUUGAUGUUGUUUGCUAAUUUGUUUUGUUAAAAUAUAUGUUCCCCUUUCCUCCCUUUCUCUCUUUCUCUCUCUCUACCCCUUCCUCCCUUCCUCUCUCCCUCCCACCGCCUCUCCCUCCCUCCUUCCUUCCUGGCUUAACACUUUCCAACUCUAAGAUUAAUCAUUUAGAUAUGAUUUAAUCAUAUUUUUAGUAUUACUGAUAAAUGUAGGUACUUUGAUCUAUGGUUUUCUCAUAGUUAUAGCUUUGUUCUCUAAGUUUUUUUUUUUAAUAUUUUUUAGUUGUCGAUGGACUUUGUUUAUAUGUGGUGCUGAGAAUCAAACCCAGUGCCUCACACAUGCUAGGCAAGCGCUCUUCCACUGAGGCACAACACCAGCCCUCUAUUUAAGUUUUGAUGUAAUUUUUUUGGUUGUUGCUAUAGCAUUGGAAAUUUCCUUUUCGCCCAGGUGUUUUUAAAAAAUAUUCACAAUUGGUGAAUGCUUAGGUCAUUGCUGCUCAUUUCUCAUACUGUGGUAUCAACAUUUCUGAGUGUCCGUAGAACUUAUUUGGGCCAGGGUAUAUUAUCAACUUUUACAAAGCAUUUGUAUACUCUUAAAAGCAGUGUUUUUAUCCAUCAGUUAGUUCUAUUUGUCAACUCAAUUUUUGGAUUAUUUUGUUCAAAUCCAUACUCUGUAUAACUUUCAUUUAUUUUAGAGCUUUUAAUCUGGGGUCUGAGGACUGUCAGGGGCUAAGCAUGCAGGGGAUUUAGGGGCUAUGGACCUUUAAGAAUUGAACAGGCUAUGUGGAUUUGUGGAUUAAUGAAUUGUUCUGGAGGGGACAUGUAGCAUCCAUCAUCUUUUGAGAGGGUUCUGUGACCCUCAAACAGUUAUGAACAGUCAUUUACCUGGUCUAGUCAUAGUCUCAUUUUUUUUCUUAGUUGUAAAUGAACACACUAUCUUUAUUUUAUUUAUUUAUUUUUAUGUGGUGCUGAGGAUUGACCCCAGUGCCUCACAUGUGCUAGGCAAUCGCUUUACCAUUGAGUUAUAACUCCAGCCCUUCAUAGUCUGAUUUUGUAUACUUUUUCCUUUUGUUUUUUGUGUGAUUUAUAUUUCACUUUUAUGUUUUAGUUAUAAAUUUUGUUUUGUUUUGUUUUUUUGAGACAGGGACUCACUGUAUUGCC